AUGGGAAAAAAUCAGCCAUGGAUAACUCCGUUCAAGAAACAGUGCUUCGUGACUCUGGGCGUGUCGCUCAACAUGGCUGGCCACGGUCUGGUGAUGGGCUUCGCUGCUAUUCUACUACCACAAUUACGUCAACCCGACUCCAUCAUACCCAUCGAUGAUUCAUCAGGCUCUUGGAUAGCCUCAAUCCUGGGCUUCGCACUCGUCGCUGGCAACUUCAUAAUACCAACAAUAAUGGCGAAAUACGGCAGACGAACUGCCAACCUUGUCAGCAUAGCACCAAUGAUCGUCGGCUGGUUCUGCAUCAUAUUCGCCUCCAACAUCACAGUCCUCCUCAUCGCUAGGUUCCUCCAAGGCCUCGCUAUGGGAAUGAGCGCGACAUUGGGACCAGUUUUGAUUGGCGAAUACACCAGUCCAAACAACAGAGGAGCGUUCUUGACCACCAUAUCUUUGACCAUAGCGACUGGUGUACUCAUCGUUCACACCUUAGGGUCUUAUUUGGUCUGGCAGACCGCUGCACUAGUCAUCGCCUGCAUAACUUUUGUGGACUUUCUUAUAGUUUUGUAUUCACCUGAAUCGCCGAGUUGGUUAGCGGACCAAGGGCGAUAUGAGGACAGUGAAAAGGUCUUCAGAUGGCUAAGAGGAGAAGGGGAGGAAGAAGAACUGCACAGGAUGAUUGAAACAAGCAUGGUGGUAAGAGAAUCGAAAACCGAUGCAAAUAUUUCCCAGUCCUUUUCUAAGAGGCUGAAAGCACAGUUGGCGUAUAUCAAGACUACAAUUAAGAAGCGAGAGUUCUACAAACCUAUAUUCAUCAUGAUCCAUAUUUACACUCUUGGCCAGUGGGCGGGAGCUAACAUUCUAGCUGCAUACACCAUCGAUAUCUUCACUAAUGUGAUUGGUAAUGAAGCGAAUAUCUCUCUCAUGGUGAUAACGCUCGACGCUCAGCGGAUCAUCUCCAACAGUAUUGCUGUGUACGUGAUAAAAAAGGUGAAGCGAAGAACUAUGUUAUUUAUAACUGUUGGAAUAAAUCUGUUGGCGUUCGUAUCUACAGCUGGUUACACUUACGCUAAGGGUCAGAACAUGCUGCCCUUCGAUCAUCCCUUCAUUGGAAUAGCGUUGAUCCACAUUCACAUGUUCUCAAUCGCGACGGGAACCGUUCCACUGCCGUUUAUAAUUGCAGGGGAAGUGUUCCCGCUGGAAUAUAGAAGUCUAGCUGGCGGCUUCAGCGUUCUAUUCCUGUCGUCCAACUUGUUUAUAACUGUGAAAACUGUGCCGUAUCUAUUUAAAAACUUUGGCAUCCAUGGUGCGUACUUAAUUUAUGCAGCUGUUGUAGCUUAUUGUUUGGCUAUAUCCUGGUGGUUCCUGCCAGAGACUAAAGACAGGACGCUGCAAGAGAUUGAAGACGAGUUUCGAGGUAGACCGAUGUCCCCAGAAGAACUGAAAUCCACUCAAUCGCUUACAUCUCUGAAGUACUUGAAUAAGGACAGACGGUGUAGCAGUCCAGUUAUUUAA